UUAUCUGACGCGAAAAAAUUGGGACCAUGUUUUAUUAAGCUUUGUCCCAAAACCGGGCAUAAACGUACAUAGGCGUAUAUGUUCAUGUUAGGAUUAUUUCUUUGUUUUAUGGUUAAAUUCACCAUCUCGGUUACAAAAAAGAAAAAAAGAAAAAGAAAAAAAUCACCAUCUCCCUUUUGAAACAUUCCUCUCAUAUGUGGUCUAACUGCAUUGGGUAAACUCGUUUCCUCCUGAGUAGCAAAUAGGGCCAUUCAGAACUUGGUUUCAGUAUAGUGGACGAGUUGUUUCGACCGGCUCUUUCAUCCAAGUAUCACUGCAGUCUCAAUUCGGAUUACAUUGAUUAAAAAAAAAAAAACUAAGUAUGAUUUAAAAUCCCUGGCUAUUUGGAUCAUCAGCAGAGUUGAUUUGGGGUCUUAGAGAUUUUGAUAUAUAUAAAUUUACUACAUGUAUUAAACGAAUGAUACGUCAAUAAUUUACUAAAUAAUCUUCAAUAAAUUUGUAGUUUUGAUAUAGUUAAACUUGCUGACAAAAAAAAAAGAAAAAGAUAUAGUUAAACUUUUAUCAUAUAACUUUGCUAUAGUUUAAUUCAUUUAUUUACAGUUUUCUUAGUUACAAAAACCUUUGUUGGGUUGUUAAAAACACAUACUAUUUUCUUUUAAUCGUGUGCGUGUAAAAUCUUGUAUUAAAGACCAAUAUAUUAAUGGGCCCUAUUUAAAAACCCAAUAAGCUACUGAUUAGUAGUGUAUGUGUGGAUGAUUCUCCACCACCUCAAGAAAAGGAGAGACGUAGCUCAGUUCGCACAAGAAAGGAUCCUGAGCUACGAUGUGGACCGUGAUACCGGCGUCGAUCCCGGUUCAGCCUUCCAGGGGACUAACCGGAUCAAACUCCGUCGGCUAUUCGCAUCCUCCGCCACGUAAUGGCGACGGGAUUCACCGUCGUAACAUCCCGAGGAAAUCACAAACAUCCGAAUCAGAGUCCGUCGGUGGUUUAGGCCAACGAAUCCUCCUCCGGUCCGAAGCAUCGAACCCGAACAAACCGGUUCCAAAGGAGAAGGAGAUUAGUGGAUCAGACGUGCUCUUGGCGAUUCAGAGAGCGACAGCUCAGAGAAAGAGAUCGACCGCCGAUAAAAGCAAGAAGACGAAGAUAGGAGGUGUGGAGCUGUCAUCCACUGCGGGAGAGUCCACCGGAGAUAACGGUGUUGAUUACAGUAACGUGAGGUCGUUGAUGGUCAAGAACGAUUGGGGACACAGAUUAGACGAGUUCGAGAAGCUUCUCAAAGAGUUUCAAGACAUGGAGCUUUGACAAACAUUCAGUUGUAAUAUUUUCUUCGACGAUAGUACUAUGAAACAAUUAUUGUACGACCAACCACAACGAAGUUAUUUUAUUACAGUACAGGAAGUUAUUUUUUUUUGUC